AUGUCUUUAUCUGCGUUUUUAAAUACAUUCCGUGAAAAUGUCGCAGCAAUAACGGCGCUCGGUAUACAAGAUAUUUCAGGGUUUUUGUUAUUUUAUAUGGGAGCACGAGUGUUGGAUGCUGAAACUAGACGGUUAUAUGAAGCCAGUAUAUCACAGACAGCCAUACCGAAUUUGGACGGUUUAUUAAAUUUUGUAUCUGAGCGAUGUAAGAUAUUAGAUAAUAUUAACAUUUGCACUGAUAAACUAGAAAGAAAACCAGUAUUAGAUCGCAGAAAGUUUGUCACCGAUAAGUCUUUGUGUUUUAUUUGUCUGGCUUCCGGACACACGGCGAAUAAAUGUACAACCACAUACACGUGUAAGAAAUGUGAAGGUCGACACAAUACCAUGCUACACUUACCCUCGGAGUCGGCUGAUGCUAGUGAAAAAUCGGGUAAUGCUAUCGUCAACACCAAAAAAACCAGCCAAAAAUCGACAGGCAGUUCGGCAAGCUUUUCUGGCAACCUAUCUGCUGACACUACUGUGGUGUUGGGUACCGCUGUUAUUCGCGUGCAAGAUGACGCUGGACUGUUACAUCCUAUUCGAGUUUUACUGGACAACGGAUCGCAAGUGUCGGCGAUGACAUUAAGUUGUGCAACUAAAUUAGGACUGAAACGCCACAAGAACCGCAAUGAUGUUUAUGCGCUUUCGCAACAACUAAUCACUCGAUUAAAGGGCGUCACUCAAUGCGAUUUCAUCCCGUCGUUGUCGGAGUAUCCACGAUUCAAUGUUACCAACGUGGUCGUCAUUUCGCAGAUUACUAGUUUAAUGCCUAGUCAACCAUUACCUAAUGCUGUGAGACGUCGUUAUGGACAUCUACAGCUGGCGGAUCCAAAUUUUGAUUGUCCCGGUCCUAUUGACAUGUUAAUUGGUUGUGAUGUAUAUCCGAUGCUAUUAUUCUCGAAGGCUGAAAUCAUCAAUAGUCCUGGACUUCCGUCGGCAAUGCAUACACAUCUCGGUUGGGUUAUUAAUGGUCCUUUACAAGAUGUCACACCAUCGUCCUCAACAUUAUUAACAAUUACUUCAACGCCACUUGUGGAAGAGAUGCUACAACAGUUUUGGACAGUAGAAGAACCGGGAUCUCCAGCUAUCAAGACAACCGAAGACGAGCUAUGUGAGAAUUGGUUUCAAAAAACUGUGUCUCGGGACUUGACGGGCAGGUUCGUUGUCGCUCUUCCUUUCAGAACACGAAUCAAUCUCCCAGCAGAAGUCGAAGUACCGGAUACAGGAUCGGUGAAACUCGGAUCUUCUAGAACAAUGGCAUUAAAUCGUUUGUAUAACCUUGAGCGCCGUUUAAUGAAGGAUCCCGAACUAUAUUCAGCUUAUAAACAGUUCAUGAACGAGUACCUUUCACUUGGCCAUAUGCAACCUGCAAGUAUUCCCGGGAAGCACUUCAUUCCGCAUCACGCCGUCGCCAAACGCAAUAAUGGCAAAUUGAAGAUACGCGUCGUCUUUGACGCAUCGGCAAAAACUUCAACGGGUUAUUCUUUAAAUGAUUGUUUGGUGACGGGUCCCAAAUUACAACUCGAUAUCAGUGAUGUAUUGUUGCGAAGUCGUUUUCAUAAAUAUCUAUUUGUCGCUGACAUAGAAAAGAUGUACCGACAGAUCAACAUAUGCGAAGAAGAUCGAGUAUACCAACAUAUUUUGUGGCGGGACACACCGAAUGAAGAAGUUCGAGAAUUUCAAUUGUGCACCAUAACCUACGGCGUGAAUGCAGCACCAUUUUUGGCAAUAAGGUGUCUUCAUCAGUUAAAUCAGGAUGACGGGUCAUUGUUCCCGUUGGCUAACAAUAUUUUGACUACAUCUACCUACGUCGACGAUAUUAUUGCUGGCGCAGACAUGGUGGAAGAAAUUGUUCAAUUAAAGGAACAAGUGGUAUCUCUUCUACGUCGGGGCAAUUUCAGUUUAAAAAAGUGGGCCAGCAACUGUCCAUCUGUAUUAUUGAGUAUUCAAGAAGAAGACCGUGCACAAGAUUCAUGCUUUGAUACAAAAGAUGAUCAGUCGGUCAAGAUUUUGGGUCUCCAUUGGAACACGAAGUCGGAUAUUUUUGGAUAUCAUACCAGUGUGAAAGAAGGCGACACUACAAAACGGUCCAUUCUGUCCACGAUAGCACGCUUAUAUGACCCUAUUGGUGCAAUCGGUCCGACAAUAUUUUGGGCAAAGUGCAUCAUACAAGAAUUAUGGAUUCAAAAGUUGCAUUGGGAUGCUUCACCACCUACACAAUUAGUUGACAAGUGGAAAACGUUUACUUCCGAAUUUAAUACGUUAUCUCAGAUAUGCAUUAAUAAUGGAAUGUGCAACUAUUUUAUCGACCUGUCUAAUAGCUUAAUAAUCGUCAGGAUAUCGCAGACUCUUAAUACCCACUAUAUAUUUAAUAGCUUACACCUGAUUACUUACAACUCUUUAGUAGACAUUUCCAUGUUCAAUUAA